AUGUCGUGUUCUUCUUUCGCGAAGACGUCUGCCACUUUCCACCAAAACCAUCGCGCGGGUUCUUCGUCUUCGUCGUCUUCGCGGGGGAAAUUGUCCGCGAGAACGAGAUUACAUCCGAACCACCUACGUGGCAACCGAAAACAACGCGCGAAUAAUUUUGCGGCCAAUAAGAAUGCGACCGCAUUAACCACGCGCGCGGGACCUGGAAACUCGAAAAACCAAAAGUUUGCCCUCUUGUUCGACUGCGACGGCGUCCUGGUGGAAACCGAAGAGUUGCACCGAUUGGCGUACAACAAAUCGUUCGAACAUUUUGGAUUACAAAUCGAAACAGGAACGCAAAUGGAAUGGGUCCCGUCGUAUUACGACGUCUUGGCGAAUACCGUCGGCGGCGGGAAACCGAAAAUGCGAUGGCAUUUCAAGGAGAACAAAUGGCCCACGGUCACGAAGAGCGAUAAAUACGGCACAGGAGAGGUUUUAGAGACAUCAAUCCAAGACCAACUGAUCGAUGACUUGCAAGAUAAGAAGACGGAGUUUUAUAAAAAAAUCGUCGAGGAAGUCGCGCAGGCCAGAGAUGGAAUUUUAGAGCUGAUGGACGAAGCGAUCGCGAGACCGGACGUGGCGGUUGGGAUUUGCUCCGCGGCUACGAAAGCCGGGUUCGAGAAAGUCGUCAACUCCGUGGUCGGGAAGGAGAGAUUGGAUAAAUUGGACGUCCUCAUGGCCGGCGACGACGUGACGAAGAAGAAACCGGACCCGUUGAUUUAUAACUUAGCGAGAGAAAAAGUAGAUUUACCCGCGGAGAUGUGCGUGGUGAUUGAAGAUAGCAUCGUUGGUUUACGAGCCGCUGAAGGCGCGGGAAUGCCGUGCAUUAUCACCCCGUGCGGGAGCACUCUCGGGCAGGAUUUCAAAGGCGAAGGCGCCAAAUUCGUUUGCGCGACCACGGUGAAAGCGAGCGGCGUCACCUUGUCCAAGAUUUUUCCAGACGGAAGUGAGAAACCAAACUUUGACUUUUAA